AUGGCUCAUUGGCAAAGAUGGAGCCCUAGGCCCCCCACAGUUGAAAGUAGAACUAGUCACAGUGUCACGUUGAGCUGGUCUACGGAGCCCUACAAUACCUCUCAAUAUAAUGUCGUCUACAUUUUACAAAAGAGGGAAAAACUACCACCCUGGGUAAUCGUAUAUAGCGGCGGAAAAACGACGGUGACGAUCGACAGGCUCGCCCCGGCUCAUCCGCACAGAUUCCGUCUCAAGAUCGCUCUCAAACCUCGCGGAGGCGCCGUUCAACCGAGCCCCAAAGAGAUGACACACUCAAUAAAAGCGGACCCGUCGUCUGAGCGCGUCCUCGCGCCAGAUACCCGGGGAGCGCGCGGGUCGCUGCAGUCCCGGUGGUCCGAGGAGUGCUGCACGAGCACCGAUAGCGACGGAACCACGGCCGCCUGCUUCUGCAUGGCCGUCCGGUGCGGCUAUGUCAAACAGGUGCAGCAAAUGUUGGAGGAGCGGCCCGUUCUCUUGUCAGCCGUCAACGCCAGCACUGGGCUUACUCCUCUGGCUACGGCCGUCAACAAAGGGGCAACGACCAUGGUUCGUCUGCUGUUGUCUUUAGGUGCUGACACAGAACAGAGGAUUGGCGGCGGCCGGACCCCGCUACAUCUCGCAGUCCUUGCGGCUCACUAUCAGAUCGUCGAAUUGUUGUUGGAGCAACACGCUGAUAUAGAGGCUAGAGACACAAAUGGUCUUCGUGUGGAACAUCUCGCUGUUGACUCCGGAGAUCUUGAGACGCUAAAACUAGUCUUGGGCCGCGGAGAGGUCACCGUCACAGACAAUAACGGAUGGACGCCACUCUUUAGAGCAGUAUGUCAGGGCGCAAGGACGGACAUAAUACAGGAGCUAGUGCAUCGGGGCAGUCGAGUCGACGUCAUCGACAGAGCUGGACUACCUCUUCUCGCCGCCGCUAGACUCUUGAAGGACAGGCAUGGUCGACGUCGCGAUUCAGUGCUACGUUUAGUGGACUCCCAAUAUCAACAUGAAAAGGUCGUCGCCAACUUCACACGACUCACCAAGAAGAUAUCUAGCGUGCAGGCACUGCUUAAAUGA